AUGGUGGACCUUGGCAUUUGGUGCAUGGGAACUCGACUGAGUAUACUAACAUUGGUUUUCUGCAGCACACUGGCCCCCUUGCCCACAGAUGCCUAUAUAUAUGCUCAUUAUAACAAUAUGACCAAUUUCAUAUUUGAGGACCUCCCUGCAAUGUUUGGAUCUCCACUUCCGAAGGAUGGAUUAAUGGGCAUUUUGGUUGCCUCCCGUCCAUCUAAUGGUUGCACAGCAAUAGUCCCUCCUCCUCUGCUGCCAUCAUCUUUUGAUGCCAACACAACCAAAUUUGUUGUGCUCAUCAAACGUUACGACUGCAACUUUGAUAUAAAGGUUUUAAAUGCACAGGAAGCCGGAUACAGUGCUGCCAUCAUUCACAACAUGUAUUCAGAAAAACUGCUCAAUAUGGACUACAGCAAUGAAACUAUUGCAGAGAUGAUUGAGAUUCCCUCGGUAUUCACCAGCUACUACGCCUCUACAAUUCUCAAGGAGCACAUAAUUCCAGAGCAAGGGGCUUAUGUGAUCCUCAAGCCGGAGUUUCCUUUUCCACUGUCGUACUACCUUAUUCCCUUCACCGGAGUAGUGUGCAUGAUUAUUCUUGUGAUGGCUGUCAUUUUGAUUAUACGAUGUGUACAGCACAGAAAAAGGCUGAGGAAAAAUCGUUUAUCCAAGGAACAGCUGAAGCGCAUUCCAAUACACAAGUUCAGCAAAGGGGAUGACUAUGAUGUGUGUGCAAUAUGUCUUGAUGACUAUGAAGAAGGAGACAAAUUGCGGGUUUUGCCUUGUUCACACGCCUACCACUGCAAGUGUGUAGACCCGUGGCUCACACAGACCAAGAAAACGUGUCCAGUGUGCAAACAGCGCGUUACCCGGAACAACCCUGAGCACUCCGAGUCUGAGUCUGAGGCAGAAACUGGAGGACGUGAAGAGGAAGAAGGAAGAGAGGGUGACCCAGACUCAGAGCGCACUCCUCUGCUUCGGCCGUCAAACCCAGGAUCACCCACAGGGAGCCCAGGGGCCUAUUUGGCCACCACCACCACAACCGCCGCCCAGUGCCUCACCUCCCCUCCACACUGCCACUCAUCCAUCCUUGGUUAUGAAGGCUACUACUCACCGGUAGAGGACACAGACUCAGAAAGUGACGACACAGGAGACGACAGGCACCACUCUGAUGAUGACACGGCUCAGCUCAUUGGUAGGGAUUGAGAGGAGAUCUGAUGGCCAGAACCUAGCUGCAAUGAAAUUACUUAAAAACCUUUUUUCCCAUGUGAUCAAGCUACCAUCAGACAUAAUGUUAUUGCGAAAAAAGAAAAAAAAAUCAAAUGGUUUGCAGAUUUGUGGCUAGCUUGACAUUUAGAAGACUUGCUCAUUGUUAAAGAAUCUGUUCUCCAAUAACCAGUGGAGUUCUUCCAAGUGUCAAAACAAAUGCAGUACCUGCAUUUGGUCAGUUUUACCAAUUCCAGUGUUGAGCAUAAUCCACUGAUAUCCACACAUUUACAGUAGUCUAUUAGUUUUCACACAUGGUGUUCAUUCUAACUGGAUCACUAGUGCUGCACAAAAUGUACGGAUCACUUUAAUGAUCUUUUUAAGCAAGAGUAAAACGUCUGUAGAUGACAUCUGUGUAGCCAAAGUUGUGUGAAAAGUGGAUCCUCAUCUCCCUAUGUAAGGUUCAAUUGAGGGUUAGUGCGGUUUGAAGGCCCUGUGUUGUCUUAAUCAUAAUAAUUUCAUAUCUGACAGUGUUUUGUUUUUUUUUCCUAACAAGGCUGUCUAAAUGAAGGGGUAAUGUUUGUCUUCAUUUUAUAUUUUAAUAUCUUUAGUUCUGUUUUCGCAAGUUUUACUGUUACGUUGCAUUUUUCUGUCAUAUGAAAUUUUAAAUUCAAAAUAACAGCGCAUUCGCUCACAUUAGAAUAUAGGGAAAAUGUAAAGUUUGUGCUGCUUUUGCAUUGUUAAUACUCUGCGCUUGUGGGCAGUUGAAGGAAAUUAUUUUUAGCUUUAUCCAGUUUGUUGAUCAAACUCAGGUUUACAGCAAAAUAAAUGAUCAGUGGAUGAAUAAGGUAAGGUAACGGGUUAUGGUCUUGUAAAAUGUUUUAGCUUUUUCUUUGAAUCUGUAAAGUGUAGAUUCAUAAGUAUGUAAUUGAGUUUUUUUUUUCCCUUUUUUAUACAAAAAACAAACAAACAAACAAAUAAAACAACCCCAGAUUAAUAGCAUGAGAAAUUGUGGGACCCAGGAGGUGGUUUUAGGAAAAACGGAGCAUUGCCUUACACUGGCCUUGAUGUACAUGUUUAUGUUAAAUGUUAGGAAAUUGAAGGAAUGCGAUUGAUUGACAGACACUCCCCACCCACACUGUUCCUAUCGAGAUGUGUUUAAUGCUUCUGGUUAGAAAGCUUGCAUCUUGUUCAUCAGUCUGAACAUGUUGCCCCCACAUGUUGCCCCCACAUGAAAUGAUUUUUUUUUUAAAAUCAUUUCCACGUUUGCUUCUUGUAAUGAUAAAGCAAGCUGGCGUACUCACACUUGAUUUGCACCAGAAAGCCCAGCAGCUGUGGUUCGGUUCUCCACUUUCUAAGCUGACCUUGGUGGGGUCAGUGUCCUUGAUGUUUUUCAAAGAGACGUGCAGCUGGAAACCUUUAAAGUUGUUUCUGAAUUAAUAGGGCUGCGAUAUAAAUACAUUCCUUUAUUGGCUAAAAUACACUAAUCUAAUACUACUACGAUGGUACUCUUUGGGACUUGUUUGCAAUAGUUUGUAUUGAAAGGUAGAGAAACUGUUUUCCUUUGUAUAAAAUGCUUAAAAUAUCUUUUGUACUGUACUUUUUUUUUUUUUUGCUCUUUAUGUCUCAGUUUUAGAGACUGUUGACCGAAACACAUCAACACUAUAUUGCCCAAUCUUUUUUCCUUUUCUUUCAUUCUGGCUUUCUUUCUUUUUUUUCUUUUUUUUAGAACGUGCCUAGAUUAUCAGACUUAAAUAAUAAAUGUAUAGUGACAGGAAUAAUUUCCAUAUGUAUAGCAGAAUUGGGAAUUUUUCAGAUGUUGAAACAGCUGCAAUAAAGAUGCUUGUUGAAGGAUAAAUGAUAUAAAGUUGGACUGUGUUACUGUUUGGUUAAAUGAGAACAUUUAAGUAGAUCUUCCUUACAAAGAGUUAUUGAUGUGAUAAUUUUAUUAAUAA